CUCCUUCCUUCUCCUCCAUUUUAGAUUUGUUGAGACUCUCCCCUCCCUUCUCUCCAUUUUAGAUUUAUGGAGCCUCUCCUCCCUCUCUCCUUCCUCCUCUCUCCUUUCAUCUCUCCAUUUUAUACCGGAAGAAGUAGCACACCAACACUCGCUAGGGGAAUGGAGGCGCGACCGAACCAAUGGUGGUGACUGGUGGUGGCGGACGAGCGGCGAAUCGCGACGAGUCUCGCCUGUGAUGGAAGAGAAGAAGGCGCCUUGCUCUCGCGUCUCGCCUGCUCUCGACGACGAUGGUGGUGGCAAACGAGCGAUGGCGGAGAUGAAGGAAGCUAAGGCGGGGAGGACGACUGGCGAUCUGGUCUUGGAAGAGGAGCACCGAGGGGAGAUCUGCAGAGGCGCGGGGCGUUGCGGGGAGAAAGGAAGGGAAGGUUUUUGUUUUGGGAAUUAGGGUUUUCUAGGAAGGGGUUAAGUUUAGUUUGUGUGUGUGUGGUCGUGUGGGGUUAAGGUCGGUUACCAUUGGUUAGCCGAGUAACCGGUUUCUGAUUAUUCGGCUAUCCGAAGCACCCCUCAGGCCUUCCGACAACCGACCGCUACAAGUAAAGGGCGGUUAUCGGUUAGCCGCUAACCGGUGGUUAUCGGUCAAACCGACUUGUUAGCCGCUAAUCGACAACCGAACUGUCACCCCUAAUCGUGAAAUGCUAACCAAUGAGUGAUGAACCUCGUUAUAGCUGUUCGUUUGAAGAAAUCUGUUGUUAUUACAACCGACAAAUGUUGUCCAAGGAAGAAGUUAUGAGGUACUUGAUUGCAAGUUUUGUACAAACUAAGACUGUAUAAGUAAUAUUUGUUUUAUUUCUGCACUUAUUAGAACAUUUAGGAUUGAUAUAAAUCUUGUAAGAUGUA